AAAGAAAAGAAAAUAUAGAAAAAGAAAAAAAAACAAAACAAGCAAACACACAAUUCAGUGACACGCUAAGCAUUAAAAAGCGCUCAGGGAGUGGAGUUUGUGACAUACAGAUAUAGAAAAAUAUUAUAUUUUAAUUCAAUAAUAAUUCAAAGCCAAACCAAGCGUAUAAACCAGCGGCUAAUGGCCGGGCGGUGAAUUAAGAAAGCAAAACUUGUCGCAUGAAUAAUUUUUAUAUCAAAGCAAAGAAUUUAUUAACAAUUUACACACACACACACACAUGCUCAAACAUGUUGGGAAUUACAAACGAAGAAGAGAAUGAGUUAAAAAAGACGUUAGAAUAUGCAAAAGACGUGUCUAGAAUCAAGAAGAGUGGGGAAGAAUUGAUUUUAUUUGAAAUAUUUUUGUAUAAUGGUGUUGCUAUUGUUGUUGAUCUGUUUUUGGUUGAAAGUGUGUUUGUGCUUCUAACAUUCUUGCAGGCAAAAAGUUUCUCUUCAAUUUGGUAUUUUCAAAUUAGAAAAAAUUGUACAAUAAAGACUAAAAAACACAAUUGCGUAUAUAAACUCUUUACAGUUUUAUCUUUUUUUUUAACCAAAAAUUUGCUUUAAAUUUUUUUUAUAUUCAAUUAUUUGUUAUAAAUUUAUAAUUUUUUAAUUCGAUUCACAUCCUUUCUAUCUAACAGCUGCUUCGGCCAAACAUUUUCUGAGUGUUAAUUUAUUUAGACAUUGAAAAAAGUGUUUUAAAUUAAAAAAAGAGAAGAAAAUACCAAAAAGAAAAAAUAAAAACAAAAACUCCUUAAAGGCAAAUGUGCUAAAAGUGCAAGAAACAUUCUAAAAGAUAAUUAAUCAGCAGCUAUUUGAACAGUUUUUGGAAUUAAAGUGAUAACAAAUAAAUAGAAGAGCAACAGAAAAUAAAGCAUUAUUUCAAGUAAUCAUCACUAAAAGGUUUUUAGCAUAAAAAUUGUAUAUUGAAAAAUAAAUAAACUGGCUCUAAUUAACAUAUAAAAAACAGCGUGUAGUCGUUUUUGAAGUUCGCAAAAUGAGCUGUUCUACGGCGGCCAGUUUAAGAUGGCUGUCCGCUAUUUAUUUUCUGAUUUUGGUUUUAUUAGCCAUAACGACAACAACGACGAAUGCAGCAAUUGAAGAGGGUUUCUCUUGUCCGAAUGGUUGGGAAUUGCGUGGCCUUAACUGUUAUAAAUACUUCAAUAUAAAACAUUCAUGGGAAAAGAGCGCUGAGCUGUGUCGAAGAUAUGGCGCCGAACUGGUCGCAAUCGACACCUACGCGGAGAAUAACAGCACUCUCGCCAUUGCGCGCACUAAUGAUCCCAAUCGACGCGCUUCCGACAAAUAUUGGCUUGGUCUUGCUUCGCUGGAUGAUUUGCGCACGAACACUUUGGAGUCCGCUUCGGGGGCGCUCAUCUCACAAUACUCCGGCUUCUGGUCACUCAAUCAACCCGAUCCAAUGUCGGGUGAGUGUGUGGCUGCCACCUUCGCCUCACGUAUGCAAUCCUGGGGCUUGGAUACCUGUGAGAGUCUGUUGCCUUUCAUGUGCCGCGCUCCAGCGUGCCCACAAAACUCGAUACAUUGCUCGAAUGGCUUGUGUGUGAAUCAGGCAUUCAAGUGUGAUGGCGCUGAUGAUUGUGGUGAUGGCUCGGAUGAAUUGGAUUGCCCCGCACAGUGUCACUAUCACAUGCAAUCGGGUGGUGAUGUGAUUGAAACACCCAACUAUCCACACAAAUAUGCGGCGAUGAGUAAGUGCAAGUGGACUCUAGAAGGGCCGUUGGGCAGCAAUAUCAUAUUGCAGUUCCAAGACUUCGAAACGGAGAAGACUUUCGAUACAGUGCAGGUGUUGGUCGGUGGUCGUACUGAGGAUAAGUCGGUAUCGCUGGCUACGUUGAGCGGCAAACUCGAUUUGACAAUGCAACCAUUUGUGUCCGCAUCGAACUUUAUGAUUGUCAAGUUUACAACGGACGGUAGUGUUGAACGUAAGGGUUUCCGCGCCACAUGGAAGACAGAGGCGAAAAAUUGUGGUGGCGUGUUGAAGGCGAAUCUGCAGCGUCAAACCUUGACAAGCCCGAAUUAUCCAAAACAGUAUCCGGGCGGUCUCGAGUGCUUGUAUAUUAUCAAAGCGCAGCCGGGACGCAUUAUCUCCAUUGAGGUAGAUGAUUUGGACGUAGCUGAGGGACGUGAUGUGCUGCUUGUGCGUGACGGCGAGUCACCAAUGAGCCGUCCAAUUGCACGCCUCACCGGAAAUGCUAAGGAUAACGAGAAAGUUAUUAUUUCGACGAACAAUGCCUUGUACCUCUACUUCAAAUCCAGUCUGGGUGAGUCUGGUAAGGGCUUCAGCUUGCGUUACAUACAGGGUUGCAGGGCAACAAUUACUGCACGCAAUGGCACUGUAACCUCGCCCGCCUACGGCUUGGAGGACUAUCCAAAGAAUCAAGACUGUUAUUUCACGAUACGGAAUCCGAGUGGCUCACCACUCUCAUUGAAGUUCGAUAAGUUUAUGGUGCAUAAGAGCGAUUUCGUGCAGGUCUAUGAUGGUUCGUCCACGGCUGGUCUGCGUUUACACUCGGGUGAUGGUUUCACAGGCACAGUAGCGCCUAAGCUCACACUGACUGCUUCAUCUGGGGAGAUGCUGAUCAAGUUUACUUCCGAUGCGCUGCACAAUGCGGCGGGUUGGUCCGCCACGUUCUCUGCUGACUGUCCCGAGCUCAAGCCCGGUAUUGGUGCGUUGGCUUCAAGCCGGGAUACCGCUUUUGGCACGGUGGUGAAGUUCACAUGUCCUAUUGGUCAGGAGUUUGCAACGGGCAAGAACAAGAUCGUUACGGAGUGCAUGAAGGGCGGCAACUGGAGUGUCUCGUAUAUACCGAAAUGUCAAGAGGUCUACUGCGGUCCGGUGCCACAAAUCGAUAACGGUUUCUCUAUCGGCUCUUCAAAUGUGACAUAUCGCGGUGUCGCCAUGUAUCAGUGUUAUGCCGGUUUUGCUUUCGCCUCCGGUGCACCUAUCGAGAAAAUCUCAUGUCUGCCCGAUGGACGUUGGGAGCGCACCCCCACCUGCAUGGCUUCGCAAUGUUCGCCACUGCCGGAGGUGCCACAUGCCAAUGUAACGCUGCUCAAUGGUGGUGGUCGCAGUUAUGGCACCAUCGUGCAAUACGAAUGUGAGUCCGGUUAUGAGCGCAACGGUCAUCCAGUGUUGAUUUGUAUGUCCAAUGGCACUUGGAGCGGUGAUGUACCACGCUGCACCCGUAAACGUUGCUUCGAAUAUCCGAGGAUCGAUAAUGGUUUCGUCGUGGACUCGGCACGCCCCUACUAUUUUGGCGAUGAUGCGCGUGUACAGUGUUAUAAGGGAUACAAGUUGAUCGGUAGUAAUAUUAUACGUUGCAACUCAGAGCAGAUAUUUGAGAAUCCCCCAACCUGUGAGGAUAUCAACGAAUGCACAUCGACUCAAUGCGAUUUAGCCACAACAGAAUGUAUGAAUACAAAUGGCUCGUUCCAUUGUCAGUGUCGCACAGGAUUCGCGCCUACACCAGAGUGCCGGCCCGUCGGUGAUUUAGGUUUGGCGAAUGGCGGCAUACCGGAUGACAGCAUAAUGACUUCGUCUACCGAGGAGGGUUAUUCGAAAGGCUUGGUGCGUCUCAACUCGGCCGGUUGGUGUGGUGCGCUCGUCGAGCCGGGCGCAAAUUGGAUUUUAGUUGAUCUUAAAGCGCCCACCAUACUGCGUGGCUUCCGUACAAUGUCCGUGCAACGUUUCGACGGCAAUGUCGCAUUCACCUCGGCCGUGCGUCUUCAGUACACCGAUGAUUUGACUGACGUCUUCAAAGAUUAUACUAAUCCCGAUGGUACUGCCGUGGAAUUCCGCAUACUGGAACCCACUCUUUCCAUACUUAACCUACCAAUGCCCAUCGAGGCUCGUUACAUACGCUUCCGCAUUCAGGACUAUGUCGGCGCUCCCUGCAUACGCAUGGAGUUGAUGGGUUGCACACGUUUGGACUGUGUGGAUAUUAAUGAGUGCGCAAGGAACAAUGGUGGUUGUGACCAGAAGUGCGUUAACUCGCCUGGCAGUUAUGCCUGUUCUUGCAACACAGGCUACCAACUCUUCACUGCCAAUGGCACGGCGGGCUUUAGCAUUGAACGCACCGAGACCGGUGAACGUGACGGGGAUACUUACCAGCGUAAUAAGACCUGCGUGCCGCUGAUGUGUCCGCCACUACUGGAACCGGAGAAUGGCAAACUAUUGACAGACAAGAAUGAUCAUCACUUCGGCGAUAUUGUGCGAUUCCAGUGCGAUUUUGGUUAUAUCAUGUCUGGCAGUGCCGCAGUGCUCUGCCUCUCGACUGGACAGUGGAAUGCGACAGUUCCUGAGUGCAACUAUGCCAAAUGUGUCUCACUGCCGGAUGAUAAGCUCGAAGGUCUCUCUGUUGAACGUCCCGAUCCCGAGUCUGUGCUAGUGCCGUUCCGCGAUAACGUAACCGUGACUUGCAGCGCUGCUGGUCGCAAGCUUCGCAAUACCGCUACCUCAGGCUUCCGCCAGUGCGUAUAUGAUCCCAAACCCGGCUUGCCCGAUUACUGGCUUUCCGGUUCACAGCCUUCUUGUCCACGUGUCGACUGCUAUCAGCCUAUGUCCACACCAGGCGCUGAGUAUGGCCAAUUUGUCGAUACACGCUUCCAGAGCUCAUUCUUCUUCGGGUGUCAGAAUACCUUCAAAUUGGCUGGCCAAACCUCUCGUCACGAUAAUGUCGUGCGUUGUCAAUCCGAUGGUAUUUGGGAUUUCGGUGACUUGCGUUGUGAAGGUCCCGUAUGUGAGGACCCUGGACGUCCAAGUGAUGGUCGACAAAUAGCGCGCAGUUAUGAACAAGGCUCGGAGGUGUACUUUGGCUGUAACCGGCCUGGUUACAUACUAAUCAACCCUCGUCCAAUUACUUGCAUACGCGAGCCGGAGUGUCGGGUGAUUAAACCAUUGGGCGUUACGUCAGGCAAGAUCCCGGACUCAGCGAUUAACGCUACUUCGGAACGACCAAACUACGAAGCAAAGAAUAUACGUCUGAAUUCUGCGACGGGUUGGUGUGGCAAGCAGGAAGCUUUCACAUAUGUCAGUGUUGACUUGGGUCAGAUCCAUCGUGUAAAGGCGAUUUUAGUUAAAGGUGUUGUGACCAAUGAUAUUGUUGGCCGCCCCACAGAGAUUCGUUUCUUCUACAAGCAAGCCGAAAAUGAAAACUAUGUCGUCUAUUUCCCCAACUUUAACUUAACCAUGCGGGAUCCCGGAAACUACGGUGAGUUGGCCAUGAUUACGUUGCCCAAAUACGUGCAGGCACGUUUCGUCAUCUUGGGUAUUGUUAGCUACAUGGAUAACGCUUGCCUGAAAUUCGAGCUCAUGGGCUGUGAAGAGCCAAAGAAGGAGCCACUACUAGGUUAUGACUACGGUUACUCGCCAUGUGUAGAUAAUGAACCACCGAUCUUCCAGAACUGCCCACAACAGCCGAUUAUUGUACGCCGAGAUGAGAACGGUGCUGUGUUGCCAGUCAAUUUCACAGAGCCUUCAGCUGUGGACAACUCAGGCUCAAUUGCGCGUCUCGAGGUCAAGCCACAAAACUUCAAAACCCCUUCGUAUGUCUUCAAAGACACGGUCGUAAAAUAUGUAGCCUUCGAUUAUGAUGGUAACGUCGCGAUUUGCGAGAUAAACAUAACAGUACCGGAUGUCACACCACCGCUUCUGCAAUGUCCACAGAGUUAUGUCAUCGAAUUGGUGGACCGUCAGGAGAGUUAUAGCGUAAACUUCAACGACACACGUAAACGUAUUAAGACCUCAGAUGAUUCGGGCGACGUGCGUGUCACCUACACACCCGAACGCGCGGUGAUAUCCAUCGGCGCUUAUGAGAAUGUUACCGUGACGGCCACCGACAAAUACAACAAUCGUGCCUUCUGUCACUUCCAAGUCUCGGUGCAGGCUUCGCCGUGUGUGGACUGGGAGUUACAGCCGCCUGCAAAUGGUGCUAUUAAUUGUUUGCCAGGAGACCGAGGUAUUGAGUGUAUAGCCACUUGUAAGCCGGGCUUCCGCUUCACUGAUGGGGAACCUUUGAAAACGUUCUCUUGUGAGACGUCGCGUUUGUGGAAACCCACAUCGGUUGUGCCCGAUUGUGUUUCGGAGAACACCGAACAAGCCGAUUACCAAGUAACCGCAACAGUUACCUACCGUGCCAAUGGCGCUGUAGCGCAGGCUUGUCUGGGUCAGUACCAGGACAUGUUAUCAGAACACUACGCCGGCUUGAAUCGUUUGCUGUCUCAACGCUGCUCGGCCGUCAAUGUCAAUAUGAAUGUGUCUUUCGUCAAAUCUGUGCCGAGUUUGUUGGAAGAGAAUGUCGUAAAGAUGGACUUCAUACUCUCGAUCCUACCCGCCGUCAGACAACCCCAACUAUACGAACUGUGCGGCUCUACGUUGAAUCUCAUCUUCGACUUGAGUGUGCCCUACGCAAGCGCCGUUAUCGACUCACUGUUGAAUAUUUCGAAUAUCGGCAAUCAAUGUCCACCGUUACGUGCACUGAAGAGCAACAUCUCACGUGGUUUCACCUGCAGUGUAGGCGAAGUGCUGAAUAUGGAUACCAGCGAUGUGCCACGUUGUCUACAUUGUCCCGCCGGUACUUAUGUGAUCACCGGUCAGAGCGUGUGCACGAACUGUCCACGUGGCUACUAUCAAAAUCGCGAUCGCCAAGGCACCUGUCUGCGUUGCCCCGCUGGCACUUACACAAAGGAGGAAGGUUCAAAGUCUCUCACUGACUGUAUACCCGUCUGCGGUUACGGCACGUACUCACCCACUGGACUCGUGCCCUGCCUGGAGUGUCCACGUAACUCAUAUACCGGCGAGCCACCUACCGGCGGCUUCAAGGAUUGCACUGCUUGUGCACAAAAUUCAUUCACCUUCCAGCCAGCGGCCUCAACAAAGGAUCUGUGUCGUCAGAAGUGCCAAGCUGGUUUCUACUCAUACACUGGUUUGGCACCCUGCUCACCCUGCCCUGUCAACUACUAUCAGAGCGCCGUUGGUGCACAAACUUGCAACGAGUGCCCAACCAACAUGCGUACCGAUGGCCCAGGCGCCAAGGGACGUGAGGAGUGCAAGCCGGUGGUGUGUGGCGAAGGCGCUUGCUUACAUGGUGGCCUCUGCGUGCCUAUGGGUCAUGGCAUACAAUGCUUCUGUCCUGCUGGUUUUUCGGGCAGACGCUGUGAGAUCGAUAUUGACGAGUGUGCUUCACAGCCUUGCUAUAAUGGUGGCUCUUGUACGGAUCUACCACAAGGUUAUCGUUGUGAGUGCCCGGCGGGUUACUCGGGCAUCAAUUGUCAGGAGGAAGUGAGCGAUUGUAGUAAUGAUACUUGCCCGGCACGUGCCAUGUGCAAGAAUGAGCCGGGUUUUAAGAAUUACACCUGCCUAUGUCGUAGCGGUUACACUGGCGCAGACUGUGAUGUGACCAUCGAUCCUUGCACUGCUAAUGGCAACCCCUGCGGUAACGGUGCUAGCUGUCUGGCACUGCAACAGGGCCGUUAUAAAUGCGACUGCUUGCCGGGUUGGGAGGGCAUACACUGCGAACAAAAUAUCAACGAUUGCGCGGAAAAUCCUUGCCUUUUAGGCGCUAACUGUACAGAUCUUGUGAAUGACUUCCAAUGCGGUUGCCCACCUGGCUUCACUGGUAAACGCUGCGAGGAGAAGAUCGACUUGUGCUUGUCCGAGCCUUGUAAACAUGGCACUUGCGUGGACCGUCUUUUCGCCCACGAGUGUGUUUGCCAUCCUGGUUGGAGCGGCGAUGCCUGCGAUAUAAAUAUCGAUGAUUGCGCAGAUAGUCCAUGCGCAAAUGAUGGAGUUUGCAUCGACUUAGUAGACGGUUACAGCUGUACAUGCGAGCCCGGUUAUACUGGCAAAAACUGUCAACAUACCAUUGAUGAUUGCGAGUCGAACCCAUGCCAGAAUGGCGCCAGCUGUGUUGAUCAAUUGGAUGGCUUCACUUGCAAGUGUCGUCCGGGUUUUGUUGGUCUUAGUUGUGAAGCCGAAAUCGAUGAGUGUUUGAGCGAUCCUUGCAACCCAGUCGGAACGGAACGUUGCUUGGAUUUGGAUAACAAAUUUGAAUGUGUCUGUCGUGAAGGUUUCACCGGAUCGUUCUGCGAAACGGACAUUGAUGAUUGCGAGACGAGUCCGUGCUUGAAUGGUGGCCAGUGCCGUGAUCGUGUUGGCGGUUUUGAGUGCACUUGCUUGGACGGAUGGCGUGGUGCGCGUUGCGAGAGACAGAUCACUUCGUGUGGCGGACAAUCGCCUUGUCAGAAUGAUGCUAACUGCAUUGACUUGUUCCAAGACUACUUCUGUGUCUGCCCGAGUGGCACUGACGGCAAGAAAUGUGAGACUGCACCUGAGCGUUGUAUAGGCAACCCAUGCAUGCACGGCGGCAAGUGCCAAGAUUAUGGCUCAGGCUUGAAUUGCACAUGCCCAGCUGAUUUCUCGGGUAUUGGUUGUCAGUAUGAGUUCGAUGCGUGUGAAGCGAAUGUCUGCCAAAACGGCGCGACCUGCAUUGAUUAUGGCAACGGUUACUCGUGCGUGUGUCCACCUGGUUUUACGGGCCAGAACUGCGAAGAGGAUAUCAUCGACUGCAAGGAUAACUCGUGUCCACCUGGCGCUACAUGCAUUGAUCUCACAAACGGCUUUUACUGUCAGUGUGCCUUCAAUAUGACUGGCGAUGACUGUCGCAAGACAAUACAAGUGGACUAUGACUUAUACUUCAGCGAUCCACUACGCUCAACCGCCGCACAAGUGGUACCUUUCUACACUGGUGAGUCCAACAGUCUGACUAUCGCUAUGUGGGUACAAUUUACGCAGAAGGACGAUACCGGCAUAUUCUUCACGUUGUAUGGCGUGCAGUCACCACACAUCGCUAACCACCGUCGUCUGCUGCUGCAAGCGCAUUCAAGUGGCGUACAGGUAUCAAUCUUCGAGGACCUACCCGACGCCUUCCUUUCAUUCGGUGAGUACACUUCGGUGAAUGAUGGUCAAUGGCAUCAUGUAGCCAUAUUAUGGGACGGCGCCAUCGGUCAACUGCAAUUGAUCACCGAGGGACUCAUUGCUAGCAAAUUGGAAUAUGCUGGCGGUCGUGCCAUGCCACAAUACACGUGGGCUGUGCUGGGGCGUCCACAACCGGACGAUACAAGACACUCAGCUUCGUACGCCGAAUCAGGCUUCCAAGGUACAAUCACCAAAGCGCAAGUUUGGGGACGUGCAUUGGACAUCACCUCGGAGAUACAGAAGCAAGUACGAGACUGCCGUUCCGAACCUGUUUUGUAUCACGGUCUCAUAUUGAACUGGGCGGGUUAUGAGGUAACAUCGGGUGGUGUUGAACGUACGGUACCCUCCAUGUGUGGACAACGUAAAUGCCCGAACGGUUAUCAAGGCCCCAAUUGUCAACAAUUGGUUGUCGACAAAGAACCACCAGUUGUGGAGCAUUGCCCUGGUGACUUGUGGGUUAUCGCUAAGAAUGGUUCCGCCGUGGUCACAUGGGAUGAGCCACACUUUAGCGACAAUAUCGGCGUAACGAAAAUUGUGGAACUUAAUGGUCAUCGUCCGGGUACCACACUGCUGUGGGGUUCUUAUGAUAUAACCUACAUUGCGUCGGAUGCAGCUGGGAAUACAGCCACAUGCAAUUUCAAGGUGUCGUUAUUGACUGAAUUCUGUCCGCCACUCGCCGAUCCUGUGGGUGGUGUACAAGUGUGCAAAGACUGGGGCGCAGGCGGCCAAUUUAAGGUUUGUGAGAUCUCUUGCAACCCCGGCUUGCGCUUCUCUGAGGAAGUACCUGACUUCUAUACCUGCGGUGCUGAAGGUUUCUGGCGUCCCACGCGCGAAGCAUCCAUGCCGUUGGUCUACCCAUCUUGUUCACCAUCUAAACCCGCUCAACGUGUCUUCCGUAUUAAGAUGCUCUUCCCAUCGGAUGUGCUCUGUAACAAGGCCGGUCAAGGAGUAUUGCGUCAAAAGGUGACGAACUCUGUGAACGCGCUCAAUCGCGACUGGAACUUCUGCUCGUACUCAGUUGAAGGCACACGCGAAUGCAAGGACAUCAAGAUUGAUGUGAAGUGUGAUCACUAUCGUGCCCAAAGUCAACGCGUGAGUCGUCAAGUUAAGGAUGGCGGGGUGUAUGUGAUGGAGGCAGAGAUUCCAGUGCUCAAUGAAAACGAUGAAGUUGAAGCGCGCGGUCGUCAAGGACGCCAACAAGCUGGCGGUGACACGUACAUGCUGGAGAUACUCUUCCCAGCAGUGAACGACCCGGUCAUUCACUCAAGCACAGGCGAACGUUCGACAGUGAAGAAUCUCUUGGAAAAACUUAUCUUGGAGGAUGAUCAAUUCGCCGUGCAAGAUAUACUGCCCAACACUGUGCCCGAUCCAGCUUCCUUGGAAUUGGGCUCAGAGUACGCCUGCCCUGUUGGACAGGUCGUUAUGAUACCCGACUGUGUGCCAUGUGCCAUCGGCACUUACUACGAUACUGCCAAUAAGACUUGUGUCGCUUGCGAACGCGGCACUUAUCAAUCGGAGGCUGGUCAACUGCAAUGCAGCAAGUGUCCAGUCAUAGCUGGUCGUCCGGGUGUUACUGCUGGGCCUGGUGCUCGCUCUGCCGCGGACUGCAAGGAACGUUGUCCUGCUGGCAAAUACCUCGACUCGGAUAGUGGCUUGUGUCGCUCGUGCGGACACGGUUUCUAUCAACCCAACGAGGGCUCGUUCAGUUGUGAAUUGUGUGGCCUCGGACAGACAACACGCUCCAGUGAGGCUACCUCGCGUAAAGAAUGUCGCGAUGAAUGUAGCUCAGGUCAACAGCUGGGCGUUGAUGGUCGUUGCGAGCCAUGCCCGCGUGGCACUUAUCGCACACAGGGCGUGCAGCCGUCGUGUGUUGGUUGUCCUCUGGGUCGCACUACACCGAAAGUGGGCGCCAACUCUGUUGAGGAAUGUACACUGCCUGUCUGUUCGCCGGGCACCUACCUCAAUGGUACACUCAAUAUGUGCGUGGAGUGUCGCAAGGGCUACUAUCAGCCCGAGUCGCAACAAACGUCUUGCUUACAAUGUCCGCCCAAUCACAGCACUAAGAUUACCGGCGCCACUGCCAAAUCGGAGUGUACCAAUCCCUGUGAACACAUUGCCGAAGGUCGGCCACACUGUGAUCCAAACGCUUAUUGUAUUCUGGUGCCUGAAACAUCGGACUUCGACUGUGAGUGCAAGCCGGGCUUCAAUGGCACCGGCAUGGAGUGCUCGGAUAUGUGCGAUGGCUAUUGUGAGAACUCUGGUACAUGCGUUAAGGACCUCAAGGGUACACCAUCAUGCCGUUGUAUUGGCUCUUUCACGGGUCCACAUUGUGCGGAGCGUUCUGAAUUUGCUUACAUUGCCGGCGGUAUUGCCGGUGCCGUCAUCUUUAUCAUUGUCAUUGUACUUCUAAUUUGGAUGAUUUGUGUGCGUUCCACGAAGCGACGCGAUCCGAAGAAAAUGCUGACGCCAGCUAUUGAUCAGACAGGUUCGCAAGUGAACUUCUAUUAUGGCGCACACACACCGUACGCGGAGUCCAUUGCGCCGUCACAUCACAGUACGUACGCGCAUUACUAUGAUGAUGAGGAGGAUGGUUGGGAGAUGCCGAACUUCUACAAUGAAGCGUACAUCAAAGAUGGUGGUGGUCUACAUGGUGGCAAAAUGAGUACAUUGGCGAGGUCAAAUGCUUCGCUGUAUGGAACUAAAGAAGACUUAUACGAUCGACUGAAAAGACAUGCGUACACUGGCAAGAAAGAAAAGAGCGACAGUGACAGUGAAGUACAAUAAGCGCGCGUAUAUGUAGAAGAGGUCCAAAAUCCAUGGAUAGCAAUAAUAAAAAAUUGUGGUCAUAAAACUAACGAAUCAGCGUCAUUUGGUAGACAAAAUAUUUAAUGGCGCUGAUACAUUGUAUUUAAUACGUACAUAUAUAUAAAUAGUAGUUUCCGUUGCUGUUAGCUUAGUCGUGCAAAUUUUAGUAGUACAGCUUAGCGGAAAGAAAAAAGCGUAGAAAUCACUGCCCUAAAAAACGACAAAAAUUUUGCAUUAUUUAUAAAUACUCACAAUGAAAUGCAAGCAAA